AAACCGGUCUCCGGAGGAACAGAGGAGUUGUCGACUCCCGCACAACUCACAGCUGCUGACUCCAUCGGCUCAAGGAAUCAUUCCCUAACUCUCCAAGAAUCUUCCAUCAUUCCCUUCCUCCUCUUCCUCUUCCUCUUGGAUUGAUCCCGAAAGCUUCAACCCAAUUUGAUUUUCCUUCUAAUAUCCUCUUGCCCAUCAAGAAAUUUCAGAGCUUUCGAUUUGACCCAGAAAGAUCGAUUCUUGAUUCCGGGCAGUCAAUCAUGGAUUCGAGCUCGCACGCGAUUCCCUUCGGGGAGUUCCCGGAGGACGUCCAGCUCUGCAUCCUCUCCUUCCUCUCGCUCCCGGAGAUCGCCGCCUUCGCCUGCACCUCGAAGCGCUCCCUCUCCCUCUGCAGCGGCGGCAGCCGGCUAUGGCACGCCCUCUGCGACCGCCGCUGGGGCUCCAAGACCCUCAUCUCCCGAUGGGGCGAGGGCAAGAUCUCCUUCAGGCUCCUCUACCGGACCCUCAAUGAGUGGGACAGCCUUAUCGGGUUCUGGCGCCGCAGCGGCCACCCCAGGCCGUCCUCCACCGCCGCCUCCCCGCCACAGCUCGUGUUCUUCGAGUGGGGACCCAAGUUCCUCGCCGGCUCGAGGGUCUCCCCCUCCCAGAAUGGCACCUACGGCGUCGUCAAGUCGCCGUUCCUGUGGUUGUCCCUCUCCCCGAGCGGCGAGGCUGUGAACUUCCUCGACCCAAAUGAGAAAAGUAGCGGCUUUCCAUCUGAGGAAGCAGUCCGAGAGGGGGAUUUUAUUCCCGUGAAUGUUAGUUUCAUGGGGGCCUCGCAUUUGGUGGUGGAAGAGAAUGUGCAAGGGUUCGGGAGCAGUAGGUUCGGGUUCCGGAGGAGUUCGAGCUCGGUAAAUUUGACCAACGAUGAAGAGGAGGUCAAUGGAGUAGAUACUAAUGGGCUGCCGGGGAGCUUGCCUGAUCAGUACAUGUCGGAGAUGUACCAGUACUUCGCCAACCGGACGAGCCCGGGAGGAAACGGGUCUUCAAGGAGGCAGAGGAGGAGGGAGAAGGAGAGGCAGGGGAGGAGGAAAUGGGAGCCCGAGCACUUCAUUAAGAUCGUGAAUUGCUCGCCCACAACUUCUCGGCCAUUGCAGGGGCUGUGGAAGGGAAUCGCACAGGACUCAAAGUUGGACUUCUACCUUGUGACAUACGAUGAUAUAGGAGGCAUUGCCUGCAGGAGGGUUGGAGAUUCUUCGGCGGAACGGUUCUCAGGCUGCCCUCUUGUCUUCUGGACAUCAAACUCAAACUAUAUAAAGCCCCCCUUUCCUCCCAAGGAGUUGUUCUUUUACGAUAAUCGUGUGCACCCUCGAGCUGGAGAUCCCGGCUGCUAUUUAGCAGAAAAUGAGGCUGAAACAGUCUCCCACAUACUCCAUAUCAACUCGAGUUUUGAUCUAUUGAUUCCUGAUAUGGCCGACAACGCUCCUGUUAAUCCCAGGCAUGUGGAGGGGAGGAUAUGGCAGUACGAGAACGGGACUUUUGGUUUCGGGUUUCUGAGGGACAAUUUCAUUGUAGACCUGAAGCAUAUUGCUCAAGAUGGUCAGCUCCUCGAUGUAGAGGAGCCAGAUAAAGAUUGAGAUUACAUUUGCCAAUUCAAUUGAUUGCUGUACAUAUUAGGUUUGUAAGUUGUAACCUUGUAGAUCCAAACUUGUCCAGGCUGUGCCCCGAGCAUUGUCUGAAAUAUCCCUUGCUGGAGUUUUUAUGUGAAAUCUAACUGGCGUGUUCUCCAAGAUAUCUCAAUGAGAACAAUGUUUCGUAAA